GCCCCCCGCGCCCCUGCCUGCCCGCUGCAGGCGUGAGCGCCGUGGCCGGCCAGUGGCCGUCCGGUGGGCAGCCGCCGCCAUGGCCGCCCCGGAGCCGCUGCGGCCCCGCCUGUGCCGCCUGGUGCGCGGCGAGCAGGGCUACGGCUUCCACCUGCACGGCGAGAAGGGCCGCCGCGGGCAGUUCAUCCGGCGCGUGGAGCCCGGCUCCCCCGCCGAGGCGGCCGCGCUGCGCGCCGGGGACCGGCUGGUCGAGGUCAACGGCGUCAACGUGGAGGGCGAGACACACCACCAGGUGGUGCAGAGAAUCAAGGCUGUGGAAGGGCAGACUCGGCUACUGGUGGUGGACAAAGAGACGGACGAGGAGCUCCGCCGGCGGCAGCUGACCUGCACUGAGGAGAUGGCUCAGCGAGGGCUUCCACCCACCCACGACCCCUGGGAGCCAAAGCUGGACUGGGCACGUGCCGGCAGCCUGGGCUCUGAGGCUGGCCAGAAGGAUGUUGGUGGGCCCCUGAGGGAGCUACGCCCUCGGCUGUGCCACCUCCGAAAGGGUCCCCAAGGCUACGGGUUCAACCUGCACAGUGACAAGUCCCGGCCGGGACAGUAUAUCCGCUCCGUGGACCCAGGCUCACCUGCUGCUCACUCUGGCCUCCGCGCCCAGGACAGACUCAUCGAGGUGAACGGGCAGAAUGUCGAGGGGCUGCGCCACGCAGAGGUGGUUGCCAGCAUCAAGGCGAGGGAGGAUGAGGCCCGGCUGCUGGUGGUGGACCCUGAGACGGACGAGUACUUCAAGCGGCUACGGGUCACACCUACUGAGGAGCAUGUGGAAGGCCCACUGCCAUCACCAGUCACCAAUGGGACCAGCCCUGCCCAGGUCAACGGUGGCUCAGCGUGCUCGUCGCGAAGUGAUCUGCCUGGCUUAGACAAGGACACUGAGGACAGCAGCACCUGGAAGCGGGACCCCUUUCAGGAGAGCGGCCUCCACCUGAGCCCCACGGCGGCCGAAGCCAAGGAGAAGGCGAGAGCCACCCGGGUCAAUAAGCGGGCACCACAGAUGGACUGGAACCGGAAACGCGAGAUCUUCAGCAACUUCUGAGCCCCUCCCUACCUGUUUGCACGGCCCGCAGGCCUCGCCCCACAGGCCCAGCCCAGAGUUCCCCAAGCCUCAGUGGACUGGAGGGGGUGCCUCCUCACCCCCAGAAGCCGUGCUGGUCCCACCACCACCCAGGAACCAAUGUGCGCCCCAGUGAGCCCCGUCCUGCCCCCCUACCUGCUGGGUGCUGGAUAGGGGAGAGGGGGCCCCCCCGAGAUAGAAGAGAGGGACAGAGAGAGGCAGUGGUGACCGUGGGCCCGGCCCUUUUGCUGCUCUGCCCGGGCCUGCUGACUUAAAGGAAUUUGUGUUUUUGCUUUUCUUCCAAAAACAAAAAAAGAGAGAGAGCUCCAGUUCCACACAUGUUUCCACUUAAUACGAGUCCCGCCCCCGCCCCUGCCCCCGCAGGACGCCUCUCUAAGUAAUUGCAAUAAAACAAACCUUUCUCUGCAAA